AUGGAAAAUACACAUAUAAGGAAGGUGGCCAGGCUUUUGCUGAUUAGGUUAUUGGAGAUGAAAAAUUUCUCAGAAACAGCUGCUUCUAGCAGCCGAAAGCGGGCAAGAUUAUUUGGAAACCAAAGCGAAGAUGAAGAACAAGAAGAAGAACUGUUAACUGCACAAAACAGUGAAAGACAAAGCGAAUAUGCUGAAGAUCUUGAACCGUACUCAAGCACCCAAAAUAGUGAAAGAGAGAGCGAAUAUAGUGAAGAACUUGAAUCGUACUCAAGUGCCCCAAGCAGUGAAAGAGAAAGCGAGUAUGGUGAAGAACUUGAAUCGUCAAAUGCUCGUCACAAAAGCAAUACCAAUGGUUCCAUGAUUGUUUCCUUGACCGAACCUAAUGUGCUUGAUUGUGAUAUCUGCUAUGAGCCCUUGACUACUCCUGUAUUUCAGUGUGAGAAUGGGCAUAUAGCUUGCUCCCAGUGCUGCGAGCAACUCAAAAACAAAUGCCCCUCAUGCGCAUUGCAUAUCGGCUCUAUCCGUUGCCGGGCAAUCGAAAGAAUUCUGGAGUCGAUCAGAGUAUCAUGUCAAAACACUUCCUAUGGAUGCAAUGAAACAUCAAUGCUGUAUAACCAGAAACAACACCACGAGACGACUUGCCUCUACGCUCCAUGUCCGUGCCCCUUUGCCAAUUGCGACUACCAGAGUCUGGCGAAGCAGUUAUCUAUACACUUGAACGAGAGACAUCCGAAUCACUUGAGGUAUUUGUUCAAGUAUGACUCCACAUUCUCAAUCAAAUUAGACCGGAAUGUCGAAUGUGUUGUCCCUGAAGAAGAUCAAGAAGGUGAUCUAUUCGCCAUCACAAGGUACACGGAUAAUUUGUUUAGGGUUGAUGCAGUUGUUGUUAGUCACAUUAUUGGGACAACAAUGCAACGAGGACAUCCCUAUGAACUCACCGCAAGUAUUGAUGGACCUGAUGGAAUUAGAACUCUCAAAAUUCAGUCUUUCACAAGAAAUCAUGUUCCAUGUAAUAGUAUUAGUGAUGGAGCUCGUCCUGCAGGCAGGGACGUAGCCAGGAUUUGUGAUGAGGGGGGGCAUUGUGGGGGUUCGGGGGCAACGCCCCCGAAAUUUUUUUGA